AAAUCACGAUGAAGACUCUUGUAUUCUUCUUUAUGACUCUCAGUGUUUGUGCUCUGGCUUUGCCAAGUAUGUCAAUAGCUGUAUGUGUUAAUGUAUGUUCAUUGUAUGUUAUUUCUAUGAUAGGCACAAAGUCUUACCACAGUGAUCAUUACAGCAACAGGAACAAAGUAACAAACAUGAAUAAUGAGGCUUCACCACCAGAAGAAGGGACAUCACUUUUACAAGAAGGUGGUACAAAAGAUAUAGAAGUCAAAAUUGAAGGAGAAAAAAUUUGUGUCUACUAUAAGGGAAAUAAGUUAGGCUGUGUUGAUAUUACAGCUGCAUGUGGAACAACAAUUUUUAGAUAUACUUUUGGAUGUGCUGAUGACGAGGAGCUGUUUGCUGAUCAUUGCUAUAAGAAAUGUUCACUUCUUGCUAAUGAAACUUUCCCAAUACGCAUAGGACCAAACGCAUGUGCAGGGGAUGGAUGCCCUUCAGAUUGGGAAUAUGAAGCUGGUCUCUGCUAUCCUGAAUGCGAAGAGCACUAUACCGGACUUGGCAGCGUUUGUUGGGGACAUUGCAGCCAUUUCUGUGGAGAGGAGUACACUGACAUGGGCCUAUACUGCUACCAGUGGUGGCCACCAAAGAGCUGUACCAAGCCAAAGCAUGAUAGAGGUGCUCCGAGCCUCCCUUACAUACCCUUGACUGAUGGAGAAGGAUGCAGUGGGUUUGGUGUCAAUAACAAAGGAAAAUGUCCAUUCGAAGAUCUCUCUAGUAAAUUGCCCAUUGAUAUUUGCAAAAAGCAAUGAACUGGCUUAAUAUAAU